AAAGACACAGAUCUGACUACGAAAGGAUCCGAAUCAGAGAAGAAACCUGGAGGCAUCUCUCUCCGAAUCUGGCCACCGACUCAGAGAACUCGCGACGCUGUCUUGAAUCGCUUGAUCGAGACUCUAUCAACCGAGUCUAUCCUCUCCAAGAGAUACGGUACGGUUAAAUCUGAUGAGGCCACAACCGUCGCGAAAUCGAUUGAAGAAGAGGCUUAUGGUGUUGCUUCGAACGCUGUGUCGGGUGAUGAUGAUGGGAUUAAGAUUCUUGAGCUUUAUUCUAAAGAGAUUAGUAAACGUAUGCUUGAAUCUGUGAAAGCUCGAUCUGAUAAUGCUAGUAGUGUUGGGAAUGGAACUGAAUCUGUUGAGGAUGCUUCUGAGGUUUCUAAAGAUGAUGCUCCUUCUGUGUCUGAGGAGGAGAAGAGUGAGGCUUGAGAAAUUUGGUUCUAGGGUUUUGCUCUCUUUUUUUUACUAGAUCUGUGUUCUUGUAAUGAUGAUAUUGACUUGUGGAUGUGGUUAUUACUAUGCCUAUUUGAAGAUGUCUUCUUCUUUUCUAAUAUGAGUGAGAUGUGUCUUCAUUUUGUUGAUUUUGGUUUAUGAGAUUUGAUGAUACUUGGCAAAUUAUGCAUCUUUUGUUGGUAAAAUUGAUUUCCU